AUGUUUGAUUCUUCGGAUAGUAUAAUUCGAAAUAAUUUAGCUGAUGGAGAAUUUAAAGGACCGAUUCAUCAUCUUUUAAGUAAUAGAGUAGUAUUGCAAGAAGGCGAUAAUUAAGGAGGGAGCUUAAAUUCGUUUACAGUACCAGAAAAUCUAAUUCUUUAAAACACUCCUCCAAGGACUCCGAAGAAUAUGGAGAGAUUUAAAACUAUGGGAGGAAGAAAAUCUGAAUUUUAAUCCGCAUAUGAAGCAGAUGAUUUAGAUUCGGUAAAAGAUAGCAAACCUUAGUUUUUAAGAUUAAUCAUUGCAAAAAGUUUACAAAACAACUUUAUUAACAACUUAUGGAAUAGAUCUUACUUAAGAAAACUUCAUUAAUUAUCUGCUUAUUAGAUUGAAUAAUUAGAUGAUUUAUAAUUUGAAUCAGAUGGGUUUUCAAAUAUUACUCAUUCAAAUUAGAGAUCCUUGAUUUCAUCUUUAGCUUUUUGGACUUUGAUUGAUGUAUUCACUCCUUAUAGCAAAUUCAUAGUAAUUUGGGAUGUUUUUCAAAUACUCACUUAUAUUAUGAUAUUUUUUUGGUUGCCUUACAAGAUCUCAUUUGAAAUAUAUUAUAUAAGUGAAUUAUUUAAUGGUGAUAAUGGUAGUAAGAUUAUAGAAAUAGUGCUUCUCUCUAUUUUAGCACUAGAUGUAGUUGUAGGACUUAAUUUGGCUUUUAUUUAUAAAGGAUAGAUUAUAAAGGAUCGGAAAAGAGUAAUAAUCAAUUAUUUUAAUUAAUAUGCAUUUGUAGAUUUGGUAAAUAUUUCAUUUUAUUUAUGGUCUCUUUAUCCACAGUUUCAGCUUAAUUCUUUAUUCCAAACCUAAGUUCCAAAGAUAGUAACAUGUUAAUAAUCCAAAUAGUUCUUGGUGCAAUAUUUUAUAUUCUUAGAAUUACAAAGAUAAAUAAAAUCUUAGCCUAAAUUUAAGAGUAAUGAUAAUACUAUAUAGAUUCUUUAACCUUAAUGGUUCACUAAAUGAUAUGGUUGGUCUAAUGAAAUUA